AUGCACGACCUGCAGGGGGUCCAUCUUUCUAAUCCUGCUGUCCUACUCCGCAAAGGCCUUCAAACCGCACAAGCAACAUGUCACACCUCCGGAAGAGAGAUUUAGAAAAAAAUCAUUAGACAAAGAACAACGAUGAAAUUUGCCAAAAAAAGAAGAUCAUCUGAGUAAAAGAAGAGAAAAUUAAAAGUUGGUAGCAAAAGAGAGCCGUGGACGGUGUCGACCGGCAAAAAUGGCUGAAAAUGGCGUUUUGGAGAGAGGCCGCACGGCUGGAAACGACUGCCAAUCACCUCUAAUAAUACGGUAAUUUCCUCUGAAAAUUUGCCGCGCAAUCGACUGUCUGUCUGGCCUUGUCUUUUCAUACCCCUCUUCAAAAAUGGUCAGCGUUGAAGCAGAAUAUUUUAAUGAUGAAGGAUCAAAUCAGAGGACGUGAUGAAAGUCAGCCAGAAUUUGAGUGCGCGCCAUGGACGGGCAACGCUUGCAACUGUAACUCUCAAAAUGUCAUUUAGAACCUAUCAGAUAUUUUUUUGAACAUUCUGCUCCAUCUACUUCUAAAUUAUAACCCCAAGUUGGUAAAAUUAUCAGAAGGGUAUUUUUAGUUCUGAUUUCGGACUCUUCUCUAAGUUCGCUUAAAAAGUUUAUGAUGGAAGUCACACUUUUUCAAACUUUCUUCUUGCGAUAUUUUGGUGUUCGUUGAUUAAGAGGAUAAAAAAACGACAUCUGUUUGAAAAAAUGACAGCGCAUUAGAUAUUUCCAGAACUAGAAAUUCGCGAGACGGCUUCUUAUCUAGUUUUUCUGGGAGUGUUUGAUAAAUUUUUGGGAGUUUCUAAAGUUGUGAUAGAGGUCCUCUUGUUAGAUUCAAACAAAAAAAAAGAAAGAAAUAUGAAGACAAGAACGCGAUUGCACAAAAUACAAGGGUUUUGACGUCAAACAUAAAAAAACGUCGAAAAAUUUCUAAAAACUCAGGUUUGAAGCAGAAAAAAAAAGAGAAAAUACGGCAGCGAGGAACUGACGAACUCGGAGCCAGAAAUGAGUGUGGAGAGUCCGAAGAUAAUCGGCGACGGCGAUAAACGUUCACGAAAAUGGCUUGUGCUGCGUGCUGGAUAUGUGCUGGACAAAAAAGUGGGAGAGAGACGGACACAGCAUGCGAAUUACUAACAAUUCCCCAAAUUAUGUGUCAUUUUCGAAAGCAAUUCACAGGCAAUCUCGCCGACCGCCGCACGCCUCCAACCAGCCACUCGGCCGUCUUUUUCCUCCCGGAAUCACUGUUUUUAGCCUCCGUUAUCACUUUCUGUGUGGGAGAAGAUCUUUCUCGGAUCCACUCAAAACUCGGUUUUUCUUUAAAUCAAUUUUUUUUCUUUGCGUUUCGUGAGUCCAUUUCAUACGUGAAUCUGAGAUGUUUGAGAAAAAAUAAGAAGGUUUUUCAAACUUUCAAAAUGUCAAGACAAAAAAACACACCGAAUAAUAAGCUGAGGAACAAGCUACAAAGGAGUUUAUAAUCUGUAAAAGAGGCGGUAUGAAAUUUGAACUUUUUGAAAGCUCUGACUACUGAAAACCUUGCCACUUUGUUUCGUAGAUUUGAUUAUUUUUUGAAGGUAUAAAAAAUUUAUUUCGUGUUUAUUCAGACAAAGUGAAACAAUUCUUAACUGAGAUGAGAAACUGUUAUGAAAAAGUAGAUCGAACCUGAAGGUUUCGCGGCAAGUCAAUAAUCAAGAAGCGCGCAAAAGUCUGGUCCAGUAAUUAGGAUUUACUGAAUCGCUACGUCAAGUUUUCGUCCUUUUGUCGGUAGAACCAAUAAAAAAGCAGCGACCUUGCGAAAAAGUUGCCGCUGGCGCGUGCCGUCGGUGAUGUUAUCUGGAAGGAAACGCCACGGAUCUACACCCGCUGGUUUUCUUUUUCCGCGGUCUUCGUGACCGCCUUGUUAAUCUGCGUCCGCAAUUAAGUUGUAUCCGGAGGACUCACUUGUCUAUCGACGCGUCACAACUUUCCUUAUCUCCGGAAUCGCUCCGAAUAAUCCACUCAUUUUGACACCUCAUAAUAUAUUUCAUUUACACUGUUUCAUUCAGAAGAACCUUUGCAGAUUUGCUGUAACGUGAAUGCGUUUGAAGCACAGAAACCCGAACUUUUGUGUUGAUAGGCGUAGUUUGUACUGAUGUGGUGAAAGCAAAAAAAUUCAAAUUGAAAGUUUGCAACCCAACUUUUUUUUACAAAUCUUAAGCCUCGAUGGAAGGGACUUCAAAAUAUCAAUUUGUUUUAAUUUUUUCUAUGUUGAACUUGUAAAACAGAAAAAUGAAUAAAAAUGAAAAAAAAAAGUUUUAGAAUUUUAUUUCGAGCUAAUGAAUCGCUCGAGAAUUUUGAUUGUUUCUGUGUAUUUUUCAACAAUUUGAAAAUUUGUGCAAAAGCUCCUGUUUCGAUAUUUUUUUGCAUAAAUUUGGCUCCUUUCUGUGAAUCUUCUGAUUUGAUCUUUUUCAGAAGAGCUCGGGACUGGGUCCAAGCUGCCGCCGGAGGAUAGUUUGGGCCAGCAACGUUUUGGGAAAAUUGCUCUGCCGCGCGGCCAUACCUACAAUUAGCUGCAAUACCCCUGAAUUGCCGAAAUUGCACUGCGGCCAGCCAGAAUCAUCGACGACGACAAGGUGCACGUCGUCUGAACCUGAAGACCUUCCUCGCGAGGUACUUGAGCAGUACCGAUGCUCCGGAGACGGUGUCGGGCAGGACGAAAAUGGGCGGCGCCAACGGAGAAAGCGUCAGACCAAUGGAGGCCGAGAGGGCGGACGCUGCGCUCCUCCCACUUUUGUCGUAUACGGCACUCGAGCGUCGCCUAGUGUAUCCGCCACCACGUCCGACCCUCUGA